AUGAGUCAUUUUGUGAAAGAUCUUCAUCUCCACACUGGACUAGAAUAUUAUACUCAUCAGAUUCGAUACAACGUCCAAGACAAACAAACGGAUAAAAAAGAUAUUUUCAAUGAUAAUACAUAUCAAUGGCAUCCAGAACUAUCGAAGCAUGGGAACUCUACCUAUUACGUCGAAGAGGAUAAGCUGAAUAUUCGAGCCCAAAUCCUGAAGAAAAACUGGAACCGAGAAGACGAACCAGCGAGUGGAAGCGUAGUUUUGGCUACAAACAUCAAAAUUAUCGACCAUUUUCUAAGCGAUAAAAAAUCAAAGCAUCCAUUUCAGUCAAAACGAACGUAUUAUGUCAUAUUGAUCUAUAGAGAACCACUUAUAGAAGAUGACAAUUGGGAUCGAUUGGCUAGCAGAAUUUUAGCAAAACUGUGGAAAGUUCAUGGCAUAUUGAAUGCUAUUGUUCUUGCCACUUGCAGACAAAAUAGUGUUGGAAUCUUUGAUCCAUUUGCAAAUACACGCCACUUAAAUAUUACCGAUCCAAAUGUCGAUGAAUGGGGAAUCUACCGAAGUUUCCCCAUGAAAUACCUCGACCAUACGGACAACUGGCUUGUCCAGAAAGAUUAUUCCCUCAAUAGCUUUCCACUGACUGUUUCAAUAUUCAAUCGACGUCCAACGAUGGUACGCGAAAUUCCAAAAUAUUUUGCACAGACUCAUUACGCUCAAGGCAUGAAAAUGUCCGGCUAUGGUGGUAUCGAUGGUUUUUUACUUGGAAGUUUAUCCAAAGAAAUGAAUUUCACAGUGAAUGCAAUAAUGCCCAAAGACAAUUAUACUUACGGAUAUAAAGUGGGUGGCGAGUUCACCGGGGCGCUUGGCGAUAUACUAUAUGGCCGAGCCGAUGUUGCUUUCAACGGAAGAUUUCUUAUCAAUUAUGGAACCACCGACAUCGAAUAUAUGUCACCGACCCAUGGUGAUGAGUCUUGCGUCGUUAUGCCGGCUGCCAGAAAACCACCGCAAUGGAAAACCUUUUUCAAGUGUUUCGAUGUUUAUUUCUGGUCAAUUUUUUUCGUGAUUACAUCAGGUUCAAGCAUAAUUUUUCCAAUACUCAAGCAUCAUCAAGAGAAACUGGAACGAAGAGUCCUGCGUGAAUCACUUUUGUAUCGCGAUUUUAAGAGUUUCGUUGUGGAGAAAGAAAUUAGAGUGAAAGACAUCAUUUUCGUCACAUGGCAAGUGAUGGUCGGAAUGAAUGCAGCUCUACCUUUACAGACGAUUGAACGAUUUUUAAUUGGAGUGUGUCUUUUGGCCAAUAUCAUCAUUGGAGGAUCAUUCGCGAGCUCGUUGUACACCGCUUACACUAAAACCACAAAUGUAAAUAUUGACACCCUUAGUGAGUUGGACAGUACUGGUUUGCGAAUCAUCACUUCGACACCAUCAUUACUCAACACAUUUGAAAGUUGGCAAACUAAUUCAACUGUACUACAAUCAUUGAAAGAUAAACUAUUUCUUGAAUAUUCUGAAAUCAGUGCGCUUGAUCGUGUAGCCGAAAUUCGUGAUGUGUGCAGCAUUGAACGCUAUCCAGAUGUGCUUAUUAAACUAAAGACAAAAUACUUCAAUAGAGAUGGUAGCUCAAAACUCCACUUGGUCAAAGAAUGCCCCCGUCACUAUUUCCUCACCUAUAUCGUUUACAAAGACUGGCCGCUCUUAUUUCGGUUCAACAAAGUCGUUCAACGUCUUACUGAAGGAGGCUUCAGUCGUUUAUGGUAUGAGAAAACAGCAGAGGCUUUCAUUAUGAACUCAUACGUGCAAAACCAAACGCAACAGCAAGAAAAUCGUCGCAGACCAUUCUCAUUGAAGGAUAUUCAAGGACCAUUUUACGUUUUGAUUGUUGGUUACAUUAUUUCAUUUAUUGUCUUUUCGGUCGAAAAAUUCAUUUUAACGCCAGAAAAAUUAUACAAACUGAAAAGUUUCAUGUGGCCAGUCAAAGUUAUAGUCAUCGAUUUUGAGCAGAGUCGCCGCAAUAG